AAAACAAGUCGCUCAGGCUCAGCUCAGCCACCGAGCCAAGCGCGGACGGCGGACGCGCCCACGCCGCCGCACGCCUCUCCUCCGAUCUCGCGGCUCCGCUCCUGCCUCCUGCUUCCGGCGACCGGCGUCCCGCCUCCGGCCUCCCUCAUCUUGCUCGGCGCCUCCCCUGCUGCUCGCAGCCUCGCGCCCUCGCCUCUGGCCAGGCCCCUGCUGCCUCGACCCCAGUCCCCAGGGCCGACCGCGUCCUCGCCCCAGGGCGGCAGGGCCGACCGGCGACCGCGUCCUCACCCAGACCCAGACGCGCUCGCGGCUCGGGCCUCGGCUGCCGGAGUGCCGGCAGAGGCGCAGAGCUCGGAGGCCAGACGUGCCCGCCCGGGUCUGUCCGCCUUCGGCCUGUCCCUGCGUGGGCGUGGCUGUGAAGCCGCCAGGGGCAGGGGAUUCUGUGAACGUGAAGUUUGUAGUUCGUACGGGAGCACAAGCAGAGGCGACCACUAUUUGCUACCUGCUUGGGGAGGAUUGUGUGAUGGAUGUUCACGGAGAGGCGGAUGAUGUGGCCAUGGAGGUGGAGGCCGAGGCCAGCCCGUGCAGGGGGCACUCCUCUCCUGUGAUUUCAGGGUCACCAUCCCAGAAUUCUGAUAGAAGCAUGUCCUCGUGGCGGCUGGGCCUCAAGAACAGCAUCCAGACUAACUUUGGAGAUGAUUAUGUCUUCCAAAUUGCUUCUUGCCAGGAGAUCUCAAGGCUUGCAGUUUCCUUGUCAACAAAUGCACUAAAGUUUUAUUCUCCGGAAACUGGACAGUAUCUAGGGGAAUGCAAAGGACACGAAGGAACAAUCCAUGAAAUCUCCUUCUCAGCUCCAUCAUCACCACAAGUAAUCUGUUCUUGUUCUUCUGAUGGAACUGUCAGAGCUUGGGAUACAAGAAGCUUUAAGCAGAUAUCUUUGCUAAGAGGAGGCGCGUCACAAGAAAUGUUUACCUUCUCUUUUGGUGGAUCAAGUGGUAGCCUACUUGCUGCUGGCUCUAAUGCCCAGGUUCUAUUCUGGGAUUGGAGAAGUUCAAAACAAAUUGCAUGCUUAGAGGAAUCCCACAUGGAUGAUGUGACACAAGUCAAAUUCGCACCACAUCAACAAAGUAAACUCAUUUCUGCGGCAGUUGAUGGAUUAAUAUGUGUUUUUGACACUGAUGGUGAAAUUGACGAGGACAAUCAUCUGCUAUCUGUUAUGAAUGCGGAAACAUCUGUUGCCAAAGUGGGUUUUUUUGGGAAUACAUAUCAGAAGCUUUGGUGUUUAACCCAUAUUGAGACAUUAAGUGUCUGGGACUGGAUUGACGGGGCUAGAGAGUUGAAUAUAGAAGAUGCUCGUUCCUUGGCCACUGAUAGGUGGAACCUUGACCAUGUUGACUAUUUCGUUGACUGUCACUAUUCCAUGCCGGAUGACCGGCUAUGGUUGAUUGGUGGCACAGCUGCAGGGACGUUAGGUUACUUUCCUGUAAGAAAUGAUCACGCAGGAGCAAUAGGUUCAGCCGAAGCAAUCCUUGAAGGAGGCCAUACAGGAGUUGUUAGGUCCGUGUACCCCUCUGCAGGAAUCCAUGAGAGCCUUGGGCAAAACAGGGGCAUCUUUGGAUGGACAGGAGGUGAAGAUGGUCGUUUGUGCUGCUGGCGCUCUGAUGAAAUCGCAGAGAUAAACAAAUCUUGGAUCUCUAGUUCACUAGUGUGCAAGCAGCAAAAGAAAACCAAGAAUCGGCAUCAGCCCUACUAGCCGCUAUGGAUACCGUUUGUAACGUUUGGCACUGACAAGGGAAAGCCUGGCCUGUAUGUGCUGUGAGCAUGUUUAUCUUCUCUUUGAAUUAUAGGUCGUGAACUCGUGAUGAAACAUAUUUGAGUAUCCCCGCACCCGGAGUAAGUCCUGGGUGCAGUUUUGAUGUUGCUUAUUGUUUGAGAUUGCUACCCUAGUUCAGCAACUGAUUAUCAAUCUAGCCAAGAUUAUGUGUA